UUUAUUUUAUGUGUUCCCGGCUCCAAUGCCGCUCGCGCCCGCGUGGGCGUUCCUCAAGGAUGCUUUCGCCCUAACAUUCCAUCAGUCAUAUCUCGUUUGUGUGCCCCGCGCUGGCCACUCAAGGCUGAAUGCCCCCCCAGCUCUUCACAAACGCCCCGCUUUCUUUCACCCUCUGGCCCCCUUGCUCUGUGACAGAGUGAAGGAGUAAAGCGGGGAGACAGGCGUAUUCCAACAGAUGGCUGGAGGUGUCCUGAUUCAGUCACACAGCAACUGCAUGAAUGGGAGCUCAGAGAGAUUGAUAGACAAGAGUGAGAAACAGAAAAAGAGUGGGGGGGAUAAAAAGGGGAGGAGAGGGAAAGGAGAGUGGAGGAGAGGGACACGGAGGGAGAAAGAGAGAGAAGAAGAAAGAGAAGGGCUGUUCAGCAAAAUUAAAGUGAAGAGAGGGAACCGUUCCCCUCUCUCCCUCCCUCCUCUCCCUGCCUCUUCUGGCGUCUGAAACCCCGCCCCCUCCUUUGACUCCUCUCUGCAUCUAUAUUAGUGCCUUUGUGCCUGAGCCGCUCAGUGGUUCGGCUGCUGGAGGGCUGCUGGGAGAGGAGCUCGGGGUGGGGCAGAGUGCUGACGGGUUCAUGACCCCCUGCGAUCGCCGUGCGCUCCGGAGGACACCGCCUCCGCCACAGACGGGCUCCAGAGGACCGCGGCUGUGAGAAAUCACACUGAAGUGCAUCGAGGACUGUGAAGACCAUCAUUUCAGCCAAGGAACAGUGACAGGGCGGCGGCAGUGCGCUCCGGGGUCGCGGGCGGGACGAGGGGGCACCAUGGCCGGCUGGGGCCUGUCUGCGGGGCUCCUGCUGCUCCUGGGGGCGCUCGCCGUGGCCCACGGCUCCGUCUUCCUGUCCGGCCAGCGCCUGAAGGCCCGCUUCCAGAGGGACCGACGCAACGUCCGCCCCAACAUCAUCCUCAUCCUCACCGAUGACCAGGACCUUGAGCUGGGCUCCAUGCAGGCCAUGAACAAGACGCGGCGCAUCAUGGAGCAGGGCGGGGCCCACUUCUCCAACGCCUUUUCGACCACGCCCAUGUGCUGCCCAUCGCGCUCCUCCCUGCUGACCGGGAAGUACGUGCACAACCACAACACCUACACCAACAACGAGAACUGCUCCUCCCCCUCCUGGCAAGCACAGCACGAGCCGCACACCUUCGCUGUGUACCUGAACAACACCGGCUACAGGACAGCUUUCUUUGGGAAGUACCUAAAUGAGUACAAUGGCUCUUAUGUGCCCCCCGGGUGGAAGGAGUGGGUGGCGCUGGUGAAGAACUCACGCUUCUACAACUACACCCUGUGCAGGAAUGGCGUACGGGAGAAGCACGGCUCGGAGUACCCCAAGGACUACCUCACUGACAUCAUCACUAAUGACAGCAUCAGCUUCUUCCGUAUGUCCAAGAGGACAUACCCUCACCGGCCAGUGAUGAUGGUGCUGAGUCACGCUGCCCCCCAUGGUCCGGAGGACGCAGCGCCGCAGUACAGCAAUGCAUUUCCCAAUGCUUCACAGCACAUCACCCCGAGCUACAACUACGCUCCGAAUCCGGACAAGCACUGGAUCCUGCGCUACACGGGCCCCAUGAAGCCCGUCCACAUGGAGUUCACCAACCUGCUGCAGAGGAGGCGUCUGCAGACCCUGCUGUCCGUGGACGACUGCGUGGAAAAGGUGUACAACAUGCUGGUAGAGAUGGGGGAGCUGGAGAACACCUACCUGAUCUACACCUCAGACCACGGCUACCACAUUGGCCAGUUCGGCCUGGUGAAGGGGAAGUCCAUGCCCUACGAGUUCGACAUCCGCGUUCCGUUCUACAUACGGGGCCCCAACAUCGAGGGAGGGACCUUCAACCCGCACAUCGUGCUAAACAUUGACCUGGCCCCCACCAUCCUGGACAUUGCAGGGCUGGACGUCCCCCUUGAUAUGGAUGGCAAGUCCAUCAUGAAGCUGCUGGACACUGAGAGACCGGGCAACAGGUUCCAGGUUAACAAGAAGGGGAAAGUGUGGAGGCAUUCUUUCCUGGUUGAGAGGGGGAAGUUUCAGCACAGAAGGGAUGAUGGGAAGGAGGAGGCACAGGAGAAUUUCCUGCCCAAGUACCAGCGGGUGAAGGAUCUGUGCCAACGGGCAGAGUACCAGACGCCCUGCGAGCAGCUCGGUCAGAAGUGGCAGUGUGUGGAGGACUCCACUGGGAAGCUGAGGCUGUAUAAGUGUAAAGGCAUGGCCAGCCUGUCUGCUCCCCUCAAGCAAGGCCUGCCCUUCAGCCAAUCACAGCUGUACCUGCGUGGCUCAAACUGGGGAGACUGUCACUGCAGCACCCCAAGAAUGAACACUUUCAGGCCGAAAAGACUGCUGGCUAAGAGGAAGCUGAAGGCUGCUAAGGGGCUGUCCCGUAGCCGCUGGGCACGCGCUGCACCCCUGGGGUUCGAUGGGGGCCUGUACACGGGGAUGCUGGGAGCUGUGCCCCGUCCCGCAGGUCCAAGGAACCUGAGCCAAGCCCGAGUGGAGGGGGAGGAAGAGGAAGAGGAAGAGUACAGUGGCAUGGGUAUCCCCACUGUCCCAAAAUCCAACAGUACCACAGCACCUUCCUUUCAUAAAGUCACCUACAGGUGCUCCAUACUGAUGAAUGACACAGUCAGGUGUGAUGGAGGCCUGUACAGGUCUCUACAGGCAUGGAAGGACCACAAGCUGCACAUCGAUCAUGAGAUUGAAACCCUUCAGACUAAGAUAAAGAACCUUCGUGAGGUGAAAGGUCACCUGAAGAGGUCGCGGCCAGAGGAGUGUCAGUGUGACAGAUACCCUUUUCAGUCAAGAUUUAAGGGGAAACUACAGUUCAAAGCAGGCCGUGUCCACUCAUCCAGGAAGAAUCAGAUGAAAGAUAAGAAGCAGUGGGUCCUGAAAGAGCAGAAGCGCAGGAAGAAACUGCGCAAACUGCUGAAGAGACUGCGCAACAACGACACCUGCAGCAUGCCUGGCCUCACCUGCUUCACCCACGACAACCAGCACUGGCAGACUGCCCCCUACUGGACAAUGGGGCCAUUCUGUGCCUGCACCAGUGCCAAUAACAACACCUACUGGUGCAUGAGGACGCUCAAUGAGACACACAACUUCCUGUUCUGUGAGUUUGCCACAGGAUUCCUGGAAUACUUUGACCUCAACACUGACCCUUACCAGCUGAUGAAUGCAGUCAGCACACUGGAGCGCCACAUCCUGAACCAGCUGCACAUCCAACUGAUGGAGCUGCGCAGCUGUAAGGGCCAGAAAGAGUGUAACCAGGAGACCGGGGCAAACGAUAGAAGCAGGACAGAAGACUACAGGAUGUUCCCCCGUCGAAAAAGGCCUAAAGUGAAAAGGCCCGCCUCGAAACCCCCGGGGCAGAUUUGGGAUGGAUGGGAGGGUUAGUAUCCCCGCGGCCAACUUUACAAACUUGCACAGACUGGAUGGACAUUCCCCUGAUCUCAAGCACAAAUUAAACAUGAGUCCAGACCAGCAGCUUCUGUGGGACAACGGAAAGAAGAUUGCAAGGAAUGCUGGGAUUUUUUUCCUGUUCAUCUGCCACCCUCUGUGGACUGUUGAAGGGAUUGCCAGUCUACCACACUCACUCCAAAACCUGCAGCACUGUCAACAGAGUUUUCCGGGAGGGUUUUUCUUUGUAUUGUAAUGACAAGGGUGGGCAGUGACUUCCAAGGACUGCAAUGACUCUAUGGUGAAUCCACCUUUUUCCUUACUGUCAUUUGCAAUUAAGCUCCCAGGACAAUUUCAAACUCACCACCUAGGACAAUGCAUUCCAUAGAGGUUCCUCUUGAGAUGGGGUAGGGGAGCAUGUUAUUUUUCCGUCCAACUUUAUUUUAUUAGAUUUGUCAUGGAAGGGGUGUAUUUAAAGUGAAAAAAUCAUGGAUCAAACGGAUCCCAAAACACAGACACCCAUUUUGCUCAACGUUUUUCAAGUUUUCUCAUUUCAGCUUAUAAUUUGAUGAAUUUUGUGUCAUUGCACACAUGCCAGUGUCCAGAAGCUGAAAGCCAUCUUCUGUAGCACCACUGCUGGACACAAUUCAGGCUCCUCUCCAUCCAAUAGGAAAGGCUUAUUUAGGAGAGAAAUGUUCACAAGAGAUUUUUCAUAACUUCAUCACACAGACAAUUUUGGCAAAUUGGCUUAUUUCCACAGGAAAAUAUUUAACUUUCCCACUGAUAAUACUGUAUGGAACUGUAGCAGCUGCAUUAACCCAUACAUAAACAGCCUUGUUCAGUAUUACACGUUUUGUGCAAACAUUUAUUUUGCUCAUUUCUUCAUACAUGGUGCUAUGAGUACAUUGAAUUGCUGUAUGUAUUUAAAUGUGUUUUGCAAUUCAUGUAAAUGUCAAAAUUAAUGUUUUACACCACACACAAAAAAAGGCCUUUCCAACAUUGUGUUCUGUGUAAUAGAUAUAAAAACAGCUUUUUAAAAACACAUCAUCAUCUAAUGAUUUGUAUAGGUUCACAAGCUUAUAUAGUGCGGCUCUUCGAAAAGAACUUCUUUUGUUUCAAAUGAAACAAAAGUUUAUACAACAUUGUGACAGUUCUGUACGCUUAUUUUUCAUUAGUGAAAAACAAUUCAAAAACAUUUAAAGGUGUUACUGAACAUUCUCUUUUAACUGCAAAAAAAGUUUUUUUAAUUAUUUAAUUUAUACAAUGCUGCAUGUGGGGAAUUACAGGCAAUGUGAUUAACAUUGCCUGCUGCAGUCAUGUAGAUUACCAUAAAUUUAUUUUUUGCUUCUUGUGGUCUUCCAGUGAGGAUUUAAUAGUGGUCAUUGCCAGUUGUUUGUGAAUAAAAUGUUAAAUCCAAACGUGUCUCAUGUAA